UCCUCUGCCUCUGCCCAGGAGAAUCGAACCGAGAGAGGGAUCUGCAUUCCGCAGUGCGGCCUGCUAAUGGCGGGGGUGAGGAGGCAUCACUUCAUCAAGGUCAUGGUCGGCGAGUUCGCCCGCCGCCUCGAGAUACCUCAAGACUUCCUCAUUCACAUUCCAGAGGUGGCCUCAAGUACUUCUGACACGUCAUUGCCAUCAUCUGCUAAAGGCACGCUUCAGAAUUCAGAAGGGAAGAGUUGGCCUGUUGAGCUAGAGAGACUCGACCGCCGUGUAUUUCUUACCACUGGAUGGGCAAAGUUUGUGGAGGAUACUUCUUUGAGAGCAUAUGAGUUCCUUCUCUUCAGAUAUGAUGAGAACAUGCACUUCAUGGUUUUGCCGUUUGGUCUGAAUGCUUGUGAGAAAGUAAUUCAGUCUUCAGGAAGUCCAGAAGGAAAACUUCCAGGUGAUAUAUUCUGCUGUAGUAAGAGGGGCAGGGAUGGUGAUAAACUAACAGAGGCAACCUACAGUCUCACGCCUAGUCACUCACAGGUUGUUACUUUGCAAAGGAGUGCUCAAGGCCAUGAGCAUAUUUCGUCGCAGAGUUUCCCUGAUCAACAUGAAGUAUGUGGCUCAAAAGACGGGUUAGAUGAACACUUAUCAUUGAAGGGGGCAAUUGAGGAUGAUAAAACUAAUACGGUAGCUGAAGUAAUGAGAACAUUGGAUGUUGACAAAGUGACAGUUGAAUUAUUCUGUGCAAUGCUCAUUUUCUAUAAAUGGAAUGUGGAUGCGGUGGCAGAAGAUUUGUACAUAUGUAGGGGCAAACCACAAAUUCAGAAUGUGUUUCUGAAGAACAAACUUCUUUUUCAGUUUGAUAUUGUAAAGAGGAAACUACAAAACUUCUUUCUUCCGGAUGAUUAUUGUUCUUCUCCAAUACUUGAGAGCGAGAAGAGAAGCCUUGAGGAGCCUAAGUUGUCUAACCAACCACUGCAAUGUGACUCGACAGCAGUGAAGUGUAGGCUAAUUGAUGAGCAUGAUUUAUGUAAUUUUUCUCAGAACAAGAGAAGGAAGCGAGGUUCAUUUUGUAGUCAUGAGACUCCACGAAGAUCACCAAGACUGGCACGUCAGAACAAUUCUCGUGACAAUGCAAAGGACACUUCGAAAGAAAGAUCUGAAGAGCAACAACCAUCACCAGCCAGCACAAUAGAUCAGGCGGAGGGCAUAGCAGAGCAAGCAUGGCUGUGCCAUGAUAAAAUGGUCAAUGGUUCACUGUUUCAAGACUCUGAGAAAGUUAAUCCAGUACAUGGCGAUGUGGGUUUAUGUGAAGAGCCUCAACAUAGUCAAGGAGAAAAUGAAGGGAAUUUAGAUCAAGUCAACAACAAAGAAACUGGUGAAGAGCAAACAGAAAGAAAUGCUGUGGACACCUCUGAGUCAUUCACAAGGAGAGGUUGCAUCGAGUCAUUGCCAGCCAGCUGUGAGGUGCCAGAAUGUUCGAAAAUAAAUGAGUUAUGUUUUACAUGGAUGCCUGAUGAACAUGUCAACUCUCUUGAGAAAGUUUUACUUGAUAUCCAACGAGACAACUUCAUGAAGACCAUCUCACAUGUUCAAGGAAUCAUUCGAAAUCAUCCUAUAGACAUACUGACUGCUGAUGUAAUUACAGCUGUUGUGCAGAAAGAAAUUCUUAAAUGGGAUUAUUGUCUUAAGGAUAGGGAUGCUCAAAGGAUAGUGAAUGCAUUACUGGAACAUGCUAAAAAAAUCAAGGACAUGCACAAUUUUAACUCGGAGAUGCGGAAGGAAGAGUUUUCUACAAAGCUACAGAUUCAGUUGAAGUGGCAGCUCAAAGAACUAGAAACUGCAUACACUUCCCUGGAAUUAGAUUACAAGAAGGCUACAAUUGAUGAUAAUAUUGCUUUCUCGAUAUUGCAUGAACAGAAGAAGAAAUUGCAGAAUCUUAAGGGCGAGAUAACUGGCCAGCAGCAGUCUCUGGAGAUGAAGAAGGAUGAAAUGCAGAAAUUGGCUCAUCAAAUUGCUGAUUAUGAGAUUGUAUUUCAGAAGUCUUUAAUGGAAAGAUUAAGGAUUAAGGAAGUUAUGAAGAGUUAUGAGCAAACUCUUGCUGAAGUUAAUGUUCGGCUAACUUCAGCUGAAGUUGGAUCAAUUGAUGUAGAGGCAUUGGUGAAGGCAGAGAUGGAUAACAUGACCAAGGAAAUUGAAAUGUCUAAGGAAAGCGUCCUAAACAUCACUUUCAAGAAAUGACAGAAAUGAUGAUUUCAUAAUCAUUUUCAGUUGACAGUAGUUCUUCUACCAGCAAUGUUCUACUUUAUGGUAAUCCUCUUUUGUUAUCUUAAAAGUUUGAACCUAUAACAUGUAAAGCAACUAGCAGAAGCAAAAUAUAAUAUGGUC